AUGGAGUCAAAUUCGAUCUACAAAGCACUUGACCCGGAAGACAAGCAGAUCCGACUAAUCAAAGUCGACUCGGGCCUUGAAACAGCGCAGAUUACAGUCACUCUCGAAAUCGCGAGUCUUAAGGACGAGCCGUCGUUUGCGGCGCUAUCAUACGUUUGGGGCGACCCAACUAUCACUGAAGAGAUCUUAGCCAACGGCCACACGAGCCACGUCACGAACAAUCUGCGACAGUACAAGCUCUCGCACAAACGCUGUUCCGCGAAACGGAAGGAGAAAUGGACAUUCAGCCACUUUUGGCCCGCGUAA